AUGUUCAGCUGGAAGAAACAGAACCCGCCGUCAAAGCAACGGCAACAACAGGCUCAAGGCGGAGGAGACUACAGCGACCUCAUUACCCAGGGGAUGCGACUCGCCAACGAGGACAUUGACGAAUCAGGCGCCGACACUGGUGACUACAUGGGUGACGAAGGUGAUGAGGACCUCGGCGACAUGGACUUGGACGACCCUGAGCUAUUGGCAGAGUUGCAAGGACUUACAGGAGAGGCACCUGCACCACGCCCAAAACCAGCUGCGGGAUUGACCAAGCCUCCUCAAAAACCAGCACAAGCACCAGCGCCAGUAGCACCAGCGCCACGGUCAGUCCCUGCAACAAAACCUUCUCCAGUUCCAGCAAAGAGCCAACCCCUUGUUCAGCCACCCUCCCAAGUCACGCCGCCACCACCAGCCAGCAACCCUGCGGCAAACCCUGCACUGGCAGGACUUGGACUUGAUCUGGAUGGCGUCAUGGAAGACGAUGACGACGAAGAAGUCGAAUUGACAGAGGACGAUUGGAACGACCCCCACUUUAUGGCGCAACUGCAAUCUCUUGGCGGCCAUGCGGGCGGACACCAGGACAAAGAAACACUAGGAAAGAGCACUACUGCGCCUGUCAAAACUGAAGUACCAGCACCAAAAACAACUACCAUCCUAACAGAAUCUGGACCCCUCAGCGCCAGCAACAACAGCUUCAAUAUCACGCCAUCAUUACCCGACCGCAAACUAGCAUCGGCAAGCUCAUCCAUGAUUGCUAUUCCGCCUCAGGACAAAGCCUACAACGACGAAGACAUGGACGGUGACUCGCUUAUGACCGACCAUACAGACGACUCCAAGGUCCAACCAGAACAGCACAAGCCCUCUUCCCCAACAGAAGUCAAGCCGCCCAAGCGUGUGGAGACAAUACCAAAGACAAACCAUAAGGACCUCCUCAGGCUUCUGCAGACGCGUGAAACCCAAUACAAGCGCGCCGCGUUGGAUGCCAAGCAAGCAGGAAAUAUGGCCUUGGCAAAGGAUCGAAUGAAGGUCUACAAGUCACUACAGGGCUGGAUUCAACUUGUCGAGGCCGGUGGAUUCCUUGACCUGGAAAUAUACCCAAUCCCCGAAGAGCCUCCAGCAGCAGCCCCAACGGCAGCCGUCGGUGGAUCGGCCGCCCAGGUAUCUGCAGCUUCGACGCCUCAGACUGCAACCAAUGCUUCUACGCCAAAGCCCUAUUCCCCACCCAUCUCGACACCAGCAGCAGAACCAACAACUCAAGUUUCUAGCAGCAUCGCGGAAGCAUCAGGCGAGGACAUGCGAGCAGGACCUGGCCGUGCUCUAGCAGGAAUUCAGUUCUCACAGCUCAGGGCGGAUGAUGACUUUCAGAUUGUCUCCAACUCGGACGAUGAUACUUACGACAUGCUGGAGUCGCAAUUGGAGUCCCAGAUCAAGAUGUGUGACUCUACGCUCAAAUAUUACUUCCAGACGGGCGACAAGAACACGGCACUUGAGUUCCACAAGUUAAAUAAGAACUUUAAGGCCGAUUUGGUGUCGCUGCAGUCUCACCGGAGUCACGGAAAGAAGGCACCCGCAUUCCACUUCCAAGAUGUGCGUUAUGAGCAGGAGCACGGCUUUUAUCAGGAAAUUGGGCUGAACGACUUGUCACUUAGCAUUCUGAGAGCAUGGGACCUGUCGCACAAGGAUGUCCAACCUGCGGAUAUUGACGCAUAUGUUAUGUGGGACCUUGGAUGGCCUACUGAAUCGAUGGCGGGAGCAGGAUCUGGCAAGGGUACGACACCUAGUAUCAAGAAGACGGCCAAGCCUGACUACAACUACUCCAAAACUCUGGGCAUUGAGCGGACAAGGGCUUUCAACCGGUUUGUCGAGAGGAGAAAGGCCACGUUUGAGGUCUGGCACUAUCGUGGGCUGCUGUGGAAGGACUACUUGAUCGGACGUGGACAAAUUGCUCUGCAACCCCUGCUGGAACACUCCGAGAUCCACGAAAUCAUUCCACUCUUGGAUCCUACAAACCGAAGGAAUACUGGAGGAAAGAUUGAGGUCAAGAUUCGUCUGCAGCGCCCACUUUUGAAACCGGAGAUUGUUGUCAAGGAAGAGAAAUGGCUGGUGAUUGACGAGUUCAAUUCUGGAGGUCUCGGAUUCCCUUCGACUGUUGCGGUUACAUCCCCUUCUCGGUCAUCAGGAAGCCCCGCAAUUGGACGAACAGGAGCACCCGCAGGAAAAGCAACUAAGGCAGUACCCGCUGCCCCCGUUGCAGCAACACCUACUCCUGCUAAUGCGACACGUGCAGCUGGUAUCCCAAGUCCUGCUGCGCCGGCUGUCGCUGCAGCGUCGACAGCUUCGGUGAAACAGUCACCAAAGCCAUCAUCAGCUUCAACAGCAGCAGCAGGGCAGCGUUCUGCGCCAGCCAGUCGAGGCGCUGCCCCUGCCGCCGCUUCACCAAAACCAAACGCUGCACCUGCGGCAAAGAACUCACCUGCUGCAACGGAUGCGGAAGAAGAGAGCGAAUCGGAUAAGGCGCUCAACGAAUUGAACAGCAUUGAACUUUUGGUAUCAAAUAUGGUUUUGGAGAGCGAGAUCCAGAUUGCCCAGUCAAUGAUCCACGACGCCAGGGCCGUUGGCAAUGCAGAGGCAGCAGAGGAAUACCAGGAUAGGUUGAUGCAGCUGGAGAUCAAGAUGAAGCUGUUGGUACUACAGGUGCAGACGGGCCAGUUGACGAUGGAUGUGUACUGUCAGUCUGUGUAUGGCAGGAUUGGCAAGGACAAGAAGCUGGCGGUUGAACUUAAGCGACUGGGGAUGGUUCCUGAGGCCAAGCGGGCCUUGGCGCGGUCGAAGAUCAUGGCGCAGGAGAUGAAGGAAGUGGAGGAAGCCAUGGCGGCGCAGGGCGAGGAGGACGAGGAGCAGGAAUGA